AUGCAGGAGGAAACAGACGUCCCUGAGGCUCUGAACAUGCAGCUCUCGGUUGCUCUCGUCGCUGUCUGUUUCUUUGUGUUUCGGUCGAAGUCUGAGGAGGACCGCCACAGACCGGUCCAACUGGACCACAGACCGGUCCAACUGGACCACAGACCGGUCCAACUGGACCACAGACCGGUCCAACUGGACCACAGACCUGUCCGACUGGACGACAGACCGGUCCGACUGGACCACAGACCGGUCCGACUGGACCACAGACCGGUCCGACUGGACUACAGCAGGAUCUCCCUGGUCCCAGAGCACAUUCCAUACUUCCUCCACAACAACAGGAAGGUGGCCAAGCUCUGCCUGAAGGACCCACUGUGUCCUUUCAGAGAAGCUGCCAAAGACAAACCACGGUGUUGGGGAUAUGAAAAGGACUGUGACCCCAAGAAGGGUUUUGGAUUUCCCGUCUGCACCAAAGUGGACACAGGAUGGGCUCACUCUCUGGAGGAAGCUCAGGACGUCUUCUGGAAACAGGCGGACUUUGGUUACGUGAAAGAACGACUCUCAGAGAUGAAAGUGCUGUGCAAGGCCACGAGACCGGUCAGUCCCAGUCUUCCUCUGCCCCAUCAGGACCAGUCUGUCCUCCUCUGUCCCCAUGAGGACCAGUCUGUCCUCCUCUGUCCCCAUGAGGACCAGUCUGUCCUCCUCUGUCCUCCUCUGUCCCAUCAGUACCAGUCUGUCCUCCUCUUACCAGUCUGUCCUCCUCUGUCCUCCUCUGUCCCAUCAGGACCAGUCUGUCCUCCUCUGUCCUCCUCUGUCCCAUCAGUACCAGUCUGUCCUCCUAUGUCCUCCUCUGUCCCAUCAGUACCAGUCUGUCCUCCUCUGUCCCAUCAGUACCAGUCUGUCCUCCUCUGUCCUCCUCUGUCCCAUCAGGACCAGUCUGUCCUCCUCUGUCCUCCUCUGUCCCAUCAGUACCAGUCUGUCCUCCUCUGUCCUCCUCUGUCCCAUCAGGACCAGUCUGUCCUCCUCUGUCCUCCUCUGUCCCAUCAGUACCAGUCUGUCCUCCUCUGUCCUCCUCUGUCCCAUCAGUACCAGUCUGUCCUCCUCUGUCCUCCUCUGUCCCAUCAGUACCAGUCUGUCCUCCUCUGUCCUCCUCUGUCCCAUCAGGACCAGUCUGUCCUCCUCUGUCCUCCUCUGUCCCAUCAGUACCAGUCUGUCCUCCUCUGUCCUCCUCUGUCCCAUCAGUACCAGUCUGUCCUCCUCUGUCCUCCUCUGUCCCAUCAGUACCAGUCUGUCCUCCUCUGUCCUCCUCUGUCCCAUCAGGACCAGUCUGUCCUCCUCUGUCCUCCUCUGUCCCAUCAGUACCAGUCUGUCCUCCUCUGUCCUCCUCUGUCCCAUCAGUACCAGUCUGUCCUCCUCUGUCCUCCUCUGUCCCAUCAGUACCAGUCUGUCCUCCUCUGUCCCCAUGAGGACCAGUCUGUCCUCCUCUGUCCCCAUGAGGACCAGUCUGUCCUCCUCUGUCCCAUCAGUACCAGUCUGUCCUCCUCUGUCCCCAUGAGGACCAGUCUGUCCUCCUCUGUCCCCAUGAGGACCAGUCUGUUUGUGUGUGAGCGUGGAGACUCCUCAUUGAAAUGCAGCAGCCACACUCGAUUCUGUAAAGCAACAAACCUAUAUUUGGAUUUGCGGAGCCCUCGGCGAGGCCACGAGAGAUACAAAGAUGAUUUCAUUCAGAAGGGGGAGAUCGGGGGCAGCUGUCGCCUGAACAAACGGGGGCUGGAGGCUGCAGGAGAGCACCAGAGCCCACUGCAGUCCUGGUUUGCUGAGCUCCAAACAUUCACAGAGUUAGACUUUCAACCCAUCGAUGACCAGCACUGUGACAUCAUCAUCCACAAACCCACCGUCUUCAUGAAGCUGGACGCAGGUGUGAACAUGUAUCAUCACUUCUGUGACUUUGUAAACCUUUACAUCUCUCAACACAUCAACAACUCCUUCAGCAGCGACAUGGACAUCGUCAUGUGGGACACGAGUCACUAUGGUUACGGGGAUCUCUUCAGUGAAACAUGGAAGGCCUUCUCUGACUUCGACAUCAUCCACCUGAAAACCUACGACUCUAAACAAGUUUGCUUCAAGGAUGUCGUCUUUUCCCUCCUCCCCAGAAUGAGAUAUGGACUUUUUUACAACACUCCUCUGAUCUCUCACUGCUCCAGCGACGGUUUGUUCAGAGCCUUCUCUCAACACGUCCUGCACCGUCUGCACGUACCACUGAGCUCAGCACAGGGGAGAGUUCGAGUGACGCUGCUCUCUCGUAGCACUGAACACAGACGGAUAUUAAACCAGGAAACGCUGGUGAACGCCCUGAAGACGGUGCCGUUGCUGGAGGUAAAAGUGGUCGACUUCAAAUACAAGGAUGUCCCGUUCCUGCAGCAGCUGUGGAUCAGUCUGACCUCUGACCUCUGCCUCACAGGGAUGUUCCGUUCCUGCAGCAGCUGUGGAUCACAGCUGUGGAUCAGUCAUAACUCUGACGUGUUCAUCGCGGUGCACGGAGCCGGCCUCACUCACCUGCUGUUCCUCCCUGACUGGGCUGUGGUGUUCGAGCUAUAUAACUGUGAGGACGAGAGCUGUUAUCGGGACCUGGCGCGACUUCGAGGAGUUCGAUACGUGACUUGGCAGAAAAUGGACAAAGUCUUUCCCCAGGACAAGGGACACCACCCGACUUUGGGAGACCAUCCAAAGUUCACCAACUACACUUUUGAUGUGGAGGAGUUUAUGCGGAUGGUGCUGGAGGCGGCGGCCUACGUCACCGAGCACCCCCGAUGGAAGCGCCGACAGGUCCACGACGAGCUGCCCCGCCCCCAAAGGAAAAGCCACAGAACCUUGAAUCGACGGCGCAGCACUAGCCGCCGAGACGCCGCCGAGACGCCGCCGAGACGCCGCCGAGACGCCGCCGAGACGCCGCCGAGACGCCGCCGAGACGCCGCCGUGACGCCGCCGUGA